AUGGCGCCAAGACCACGUGACCCCGCCUGCCGGACUCCACUCCCAGAACACCGGAUGAACAAGUCCCCUUCUGCACUCCAGCUCGAAGAUGAAAUUCCUGAGAACGAGACAUUGCCCGCAUAUGCUCUUGGCAGAAUUCAGAAUCAGCUCGCGCUUGACGUGGGUCCCGCUCGAAAUCAUGGCUCCUUCGUCACGACGCACAUGGAACCACAGGCGGAGCAGCUCAUGGUGGAAACCUUGAGCAAGAACCUUAUCAACUACGAGUCAAACCCAGCCACCUCUAAAAUAGAGAAGCUCUGCAUAAAGAUAAUCGCACGUCUUUUCUACGCGCCAUUGCAAGGCUCCCAGGACGCCGUGGGCACUAGCACCGCGGGCUCUUCCGAAGCGAUCCUCCUCGCCACUCUCGCCAUGAAGAAGCGCUGGGCCGGAAACGCAAGGCUGCCGGGAAACUCCGCUGUGCAGGUUUGCUGGAAGAAAGCAGCGUCCUACUUUGACAUCGAGGAGCGGUAUGUCUACUGUACCAAGGACCGGAAUACCAUCGAUCCAGAUGAGGCAAUCAAGCUAGUGGACGAGAACACGAUUGGAAUCUGCUCUAUACUUGGCACCACCUAUACCGGCGAGCAUGAGGAUACAAAGGCGAUCAAUGACCUGCUGGUGGCGAGGAAUCUCGAUGUCCCCAUUCACCUUGACGCGGCAUCUGGAGACUUUGUCGCUCCAUUCUUGCACCCAGAGCUUGUCUGGGUUUCCGACUUGAAAAAGUCGCGUCAAUUAAUGUAUCCGGUCACAAGUAUGGGCUUGUCUACGCGGGAGUCGGGUGGGCCAUCUGGCGCGAUGCAGAAUACCGGCCUAGAGAGCUUAUAUUUCAUCACAACUAUCUCGGCCCAGAUCAGGCAUAGUUCAAUCUCAACUUCUCGCGAAGUGCCUCCCAUGUCAUCUGGCAGUACUACAAUCUCCUUCGUCUAG